CAUUUUCGCGCGAGCUUUCGUACCUCUGACAUCUGUCACCUGUAUACUCUCGAAUUGGAUACUGAUUAUUUUGUUUUGUGUUUGGAUUGCUCGUGGAAUUACUUAAUUCUGGGUUAUGCUGCGUCCUUCUCAGGAUGGACAGCCUCCAUCUGAGCAAAACAACAACGUUUGCUAUGUAAACAACUCGGCCUGUUUUACUUUACCCCAAAGCGUCAUUUCUUAUGAUACUAGAGGACCAGUUCCUGAAUAUUACGCACCAGUUCAAUCUACAGCUACAUCUACAGAGACCGAAUCCAACAGAUCGUUAUGGAACCAGACUGAACCUUUACAGUCCAUGGAGACGCAGUCAAGUACUCCACAGACUUCUGAAUCCGGCUAUGGCGUCUUGAAACGUCGCCAUAAGGUAGCCAAAGGAGUACAGACAGAAGAGGUGCGAAAGCGCUGUUGGCGGCAUAGGCGCGAUUCGCUCCUCGAUAAGAGUCGCCAAAAUGAAAAUGAUGGAACUCUGUCCUCACGCCAAGAGUCCAAACUUGAUGUUUUAUCGCCGAAUUCAUCAUCUAAGUCAGUUUUGCGAAGAGCACUACCUAAUGUAAAUUUUUCAACAUGGUCCAGGGCAAGCAAAAAGGCUUCGGGCGUGGGCCUGCUUGUGGAGAGCUACCUGGGAGGCCUGUACACGCCUUUUUCAUCAGUGCGGCGGCAGCUGACAGAGCAGGCCUUGCUUAGGUGCAGGGACAUUGGACAGGAGCAUUUUGAGGCCCAUCAUCUGAGUCCCACGGCAGGAAUGCUCAAGACAGUCAGGGACUAUGAACGGAAUCGCCCGUCGAACCGUCGCAAAAAGUCCCGUGGUCGCAAGUCCCGAACGAGGAAAGCUCCCACUGGCUGGCCCUUGUGUUCUAGAGGCUGCCUCAUUGUCCACCUGUCGGAUCCCGAAGCAUCCACUCUCCGCCCCGGUGAUUUCUAUUUUGUGGCAUCACCUGUCGGAAUUUCUCUUAAGUGGAAGGCUUCCACUUCUGUUCUUGAAAGAUCUCUCGACGCCCCAGAAUUCUCUGCAGAGAUGGCCGCCCUGGUUGCGUCCAAGAGUGGUACGGAUGAUGAUGAAGAAGGCGAAAGUGAGAGGCUCGCACGCAACCACUUGUUGGUGGCCGGAGAAGAAGGCAUCAGCCGGAUAGCUGUGGGGCGGCUCCUGGAGGAACUGUUUGAAGGUAGCUGGAGGAGAAACCGGCUGCGCUGCACCCGAGACAGCUGGGUGCAAACGGAGCAAGAGGGGUCCACCAUUAAGAUCUCCACCACGUCUGCAGCUGAAGAACCUUCUGAGGACAAAGAGGCUCUUCAGUCGCUUGCGCCACUCGCAAGUGAAGAGGAAUUUUGCUCUGAUUCUGAAUUGAAGCCCAAAUUGGAGGAGCCUCAGACAAAUGGAGAGUCUCACUGCACCCCUCCAAAGAGCCCCUUGCCAGAAGUGAGGCAAUUGAGUGCUGUAGCCAGCCUUGGAGAGAAUGCCCUUCAAUCAAAAGUAGCUGUCAUGCCAGGUAGCAGAGAUAUGUGUUGUAGGAGUGUGGUUUACAUUUCUCUCAAAAAUAUGCAAGAACAUAAAAUCGAUGCUGUUCAUUUGGCUGAAAUAUUGCUUUAUUUUCAAAGUAUUCCCAAAAGAGAAACCAUGUGCCUAGGCUUCCUUGUUGUUGUAGAUGGUCGGAAUAUGGAUGCAGAUAAAUGGAGUGAUCUACAUAAAGCACUUGCAUUGGUGGAGGAAUCAGUUCCUGGUACUGUCAGCUUAGUACUUGCAUUGCAAAACCAUAAAAUUGAGGCAUUGUCAUCUAAGUACCCGAUUUUUCACAUUAAGUUUGAACCUAUUGUUAAUGAGAAUCAGUUGUUAAAAUAUGUUGCUAAAGAUCAGCUAUUGCCAGAAUUUGGUGGAACUUAUGAAUAUGAUCACCAAGAAUGGAUUAAAUUUCAUGAGUUCUUGGAUCCUUUUAUUGUAAGCUGUCAACAAAUGGGCUGCCGGCUGGUACAGCUUAUUCAAGAUCUGCGUUAUGGCCAACUACCCAGUGUACUCACCCACCAACUGAUUGAAGAGCAGAAGAAACAGAUCAUGGAAGUGUUAGAAAAUGAGCAGCUACGCUAUUUAGAAGAAGAAGGAACAACAUUCUUGAAAAAGCUAGAAGAAUAUCACAAAAUCUUCCAAAACAAUCUUGAUUAUGAGGAAGCUGUGGAGAAGAGCAAUAUGUUGUAUAAGCAGUUGAAAAAAGUAGUGCAAAGAUUGGCAAGGCUAGCUGACAAACGCUUGAAUAAAUUGCAAGAGUGUAUGAUGUUAAAGAUGUUUGAAGAAGAAUCUAGUCAGGUAUUAUCAUGGUUGCAUCGAAAGGGAGAAGAGACUCUUAAGAAGCACAAGACACUGGCUGAAACUCUAAAUGCAAUUCGAGAGCAAGAGAGUGAAUUUGAGAAAUUUUAUUUUUUAGCUAUGCGCCAAAUCGAGAGGGGCAAUGAUCUGCUUGAAGAGAUUCCAAAAUUGCGUCCUUCAGACAAAGAGAAUGGGAUCAGUGCUAAUCUAAAGAAACAAUUAGAUGACUUCACUGAUCGUUUGGAAGAUGCCAGGGAGACUUUGGAGGAUACCAGUCGCUGCUAUCAACUAUUGGACAAAACCUAUGAAUGGGCCUUGGAAACAAUGCGCUUUGUUUCUCACAUGAAAGUGGAUUCAACUACUUCUGUGAAUGCCCUGGUGACCAUUAUGAAGAGACUGGAGACCUAUCUUCAGACCCAUCCUUACCUAGAAGAUGGGAUCUUUGAGGAAAUGGCUCAACUCACCACCAAGCUCAAUAAUCCUACACUUACCAGCCAAUGCCAGGUUGCCAAAACAAAGUAUGAAGAAACUGUGAACCUCGUUCAAGCUCGCCUUGCAACUCUAAUCAAGGCCAAAGAUCGCUUGAGUUAUGAAGAAAGACCAAACAUAAAUGAAAGUUUGGACAAUCUGAAAAUAAAACCUUGCCUCUGGAACCCAUUGUCUUCAGGUGGGACUUAUCGAUCCUCAUCACAAUCGCACCUUAAUGGUUUUAAUGGAAGCCAUUCAUCUCCUGGCUUCAGAAAAGAAACUGUGGGUUCUUACACCGCAUUUCCAAGCAGCUAUUACCCAGCUUCUGGCUUCCGAGAGCGACUUCUGGGCCUCUCUCAGCGUAAGAAGCGAACGGACUAUUUCAGUAAGAGGGGUUCUCUAACUGAUGAACUUGUGCUUGGAAACAUAAACACUUCAGAAAUUGAUUCAUCUCGUAUACCACAUGGCAGAAAAUCGUAUCCGUUUUCCAGUGAUAGUUUAACCAAUCUCAAUGUGCAAACUAGUUCCGUGGAUUCUAAAAUUCUUCAGAGUACGUCAAGCUUAUCUUCAAAAAGUAGAUUAGAGGAUGACAGUAACUGGCAAAUGUUUGAGUCUGAACUUAAAAAGUACACUGAAGAAGUAAAAGAGCAAAAUAGGAUGUUGGAGCAAAAUCGACUUCUUGUGCAUCAAGAAUCGGUGAAUUUAAGAAAUAGAUCUCUUCAAGAGAGCAGUCGACCCAUGAGUGCUAAUUACACAUCUUCUAAUCCAGAAGAGCAUACAAAGCCUGCUCCUGUUAACUCUCAUCUCAUGCGAUGUGCUUCUUGCUCAGAUUUUGAAGAACUACUUUCUGGAAAAACAUCAGAGAUGGAAAAUCUCAAAAUUGUAAAUAAUCGAACUCUAAAAUUAGUUAUGAUGGAAAUGAUCCAGACAGAAAGAGACUAUGUCAAAUCUCUUAAUUAUAUCAUAGAGAAUUAUGUACCUCUCCUUCAAAACAGUAAUGUGAGCCAAGUUUUGAGGAGUCAAAGAAAUGUCAUAUUUGGCAACAUUGAAAAGAUAUACGAAUUUCACAACUGCUAUUUCUUGCAAGAGCUGGAACAAUGUGAAUCCAUGCCUUAUUCUGUGGGGCAGUGUUUUCUCAAAUAUGAGAGUCAAUUUUAUUUAUACGCAUUGUACAAUAAAAACAAACCCAAGUCUGAUAGCUUGAUGGCCGAAUAUGGCAAUAGCUUUUUCAAGAAAAAGCAACAUGAGCUUGGAGACAAAAUGGAUUUAGCCAGCUACUUACUGAAGCCUGUCCAGCGCAUGGGAAAAUAUGCUCUGUUGCUCAAGCAGCUGCUCAAAGAAUGCCCAGAAACCAAUAGUGAAUACUACAAUAAUUUAAAGGCGGCAGAAGAAAUGGUUCGCUUCCAGCUGAGACAUGGCAAUGACCUGUUAGCAAUGGAUGCUCUUCGUGAAUGUGAUGUAAAUAUAAAAGAGCAAGGUCGUCUAUUGAGACAAGAUGAAUUCCUAGUGUGUCAAGGAGGGAAAUCUCGUAAAGCUCUGCGCCAUGUGUUCCUUUUCGAAGAUCUUAUCCUUUUCAGCAAGGCCAGAAGGGACCCUUCUUGUAAGGGCAGUGAUUAUUACCAGUACAAAAGCAGCAUAAAGACAUCUGACCUGGGUCUGACGGCACAGGUAGGUGAAAGUGCCACUAAGUUCGAGAUUUGGUUCCGCAAGUGCAAGACACAGGACUUGUGGUUGUUGCAAGCUCCCUCGGCUGACAUCAAAAAUGCUUGGGUGGAAGAAAUCAGUGGUUUGCUUUGGAAACAAGCAGAAAGAAAUAGAAAUUUAAGGUUGGAAGAAAUGUCCUCAAUGGGAAUUGGAAACAAACCCUGUCUUGAUAUUACUCCCAGCCAAGAUCAAAUCUGUGACCGUUCAAUAAGUCUGCAACAGCUCAAUAAAGUGCCUCGUUUUCGUAACUCUAUAGCAGUGUCCAGUUCUGAUAAUUUUAAUAACAACCCUGAACCUCGGCGCCGCCCUCUUUCCAUCAUCUCCCUGGGAGGAUCUUCCUCUUCAGGAGAUGGUCAAGGAACUUCUAUUUUCUAUGACACUUCCAAUCCAUUACAGGAAGUUGAGGAAACAGAAACUGAUAAAAGGAGAUCAGUUGCACAACAGUCUCAAUGCUCAGCUGAAAGUGGCAUCUUCACGGAUUUGAGUACCUCUGGAGACAGCUAUAUAGAGAAUGUGAACCGCUUCAAGACAGUUGAGAGGAGCGACAGUCUUCUCUCUCGAGCCUCCUAUGCCAGCCUAGAAGCUGCACCAGCAGAGACUUCAACUCUAACUUCAUCUCCAUCUGGGCUCGCAGUCUGAACAAUCUCAACUGUAUUUUUUAACAGAAGUAGCAAGUGCCAUAGCAUUAGUGCAGAGACAAUCCUUUUCUACUUUGAAUUCAUAAGUGGUUCAUUUCAUUGUGUAGGACAAGAGGAAUGGGGAAAAAGCUCCCUCUAAUCAUGUAUUGGACUCUUUGCAGUUAUUCUUGUACAUUUUUUUUUCAAACUUCUUAAUAUAUUUAUAACUACUUUUUGUAAGUAUAUAAUUUUGUACUUUUGAUACAGCUGUACAUGCAAAUAUGAAAUUUCUAUAUUUGUGACCGCUUGUGUGUUUUUGUUAUAUAAAGAUGUUAUUCUUACUGUA